GAGGCAACCAUAGAGGAUGUGAAGAAGCUACAAUUUUUUAAUAUUCCAUUUCUCUUUGAGGACUAUGCACGCAACAUCACAGGAUCAGUAAUCCUUGCAGUCACCACUCUUAUGCUCGUCCUCAAUGAAUUCCAGAAGGUCUAUGUACUGGGCCUCUUCAAGAAUCCAUUGUAUGCCUAUCAUAAAAGAAUUCAAAAAAGUUUCUUGCUGUACAUUGUUUCACAGUUUCUGCAAGUGGGAUGUCCAUUUAUAUCAAUGUUGUUUUUGCAUCAAGUAUUAACAGCAGAGCUUUACUUGCAAGUGUCACCAGUUCAAAGAACCUUCACACAUUUGCUGUAUACAAUUCCACUUGUGAGGUGUUUUAGAGGGAUAUGGCAGUUCUCCCAAGCCUACUUCAUACAACUUUCCACCUUCUUCGUCCUUGACCUGAUUUACCGUGAAACAGACCUGCCUCUAGGAUCUUGGGGCUCCUUCCCCCCAGCCACAAGGAUAUUUUUCAUUAGUCUGAGCUACCUGUGGGGCACACGGUUCCUGCAGAGGCUCUCAACUGUAAUUAUCUUUAUGUUGACGUCUGUUUUGGAGAGCAAGCAGAGAAGUCCGAGGCUUUGGUUCCUGAUAGGUUUCAACAUUGGUCUCUUCCCCAUCCUCCUGUGUGUCCUGGCUGUGUCCUCCAUCACGGCAGCGCCUCUCCUGCCCCUGUUCACCCUGCCUAUUUUUCUCCUGGGCUUUCCACGACCCCUCAGGUCUUGGCCCUACCCGGUGGGACGGGCAUCCAACUCCUGCGAAGACUCGGUCUACUACGAACAGCUCACCCCCCAUGUCGUUUUUGCCAUGCACAACCUGGUGCAGUCAGGCUCUUUGGGAUUGGUUGAGCCAGGAGAGCACUUUCUUUUGAGAUUUGAAGACAGAUUUCUUUGGAUACAGAUUCUGGAAUGUGGUUACACUUUCCAGUACUAUAGUGUCAAGGGCCUUGAACUACAAGAGACAAGCUGCCACACAGCAGAAGCCUCUCGUGUUGAUGCCAAUUUCAGUCGUGCCUUUGACAAUCAUGGUGCAGAAGGCGCUGCAUGCUUAAACCCCCAUGCAGCACACACUCUUGCUCGCAGAUCAGAUAAAGCAUUACUCUAUGUCAUAUUUGACUGCAUUGUCAAUAGAUUAGCUCUGCUGGGAAAUUCAUACAUUGAGGUUGAACACCGGACUCCCAGCAGUGCUAAUUCAAGGAGUGGAGAUGUCCUGAAGAGUCUGCCUAAGCUCUCCAGAAGGACGGAGGUUCACUUUGAGGAGGAUGUCCCACUAAAUGAUAUGGAAGAGACUCGGGAGCAGAACAAGGACCAGGUGUCAACUAUGAGCGGACGGAUCUCUCAGCUCUCCUCAAAGAACCCAAGUGGAAGGAGCAGCCGACUAGCCUGGAUUGACGACCAGAGGCUGUAUGGCCCAAUGAUGGAGAUAUCCCCUCCGUCAAGCUGGGAUGAUAGUGAAGACCCACUUGAUCAGAGCAGUGCUAAGAAGAAGAGGCUGAACUCCCAGAGAAAUGAGGAUAUUAUGAAUGCCAAGAACAAAGACAGGACCCAGACAUCCCUCCCACCCAUCCAUUCAAAGCCACAGAAUUUCCUGUCAUCUCUGGAGGACCUGACAGCUGUUAGUGACAAGGUACAGUUCUUGCCAGGAAUCAUGUAUGACUCCUCCUCAGACGACGGCCUUGAUGAGCAUACUGCUAGGGGUCAGCCCAAGGCAACAAACCGCUCUAAGUUUAAGAGUCCUGCCAAAGUUAACGUGCGAGUCAUCUCCCGAACAGACAUACACACACCCAUGUACAAUUCACCGCUGAGUGCUGCCUUAGCACCCUCCACAAGCUGGUUCCUAGAACUGCCUCUUGAGUCAGAGAUUAUUGAUGAAGUGCAGGAUAACUUUCCACAUGCUUGGUUCAAAUUCCUGCUCAACCACUUUGGCCGCAUGUACGUGGAAAACCGCAGCCAUCGCUCAGCUGACAGCAAGGCUUCAAGGGGUUCCCGGGGUUCAGGUCCAUCCUCCACCAAGAGUGCAGGCGACAAGGAAGACCAGAUCCAAAGAAUGCAGUAUGAUGAGGCCCUUGAGGAAUCCUACAGAGUUGGAGUGAAACUCGCCCUGGACCACACCCUCAUUGGGGGCAUCACCGGCUGGGCAGAACUACGGGCCUCCCUGGAUGACUACUGCUGCAACUGGUACCUUGGGCCUGACCUCAAGAGCAACAGUGAAACCCCAGCUAAUACCCAUGGAACUCCAUCCUACCAGAGGAGCGACGCAGAGUUGGCCAAACCAAAGUCCUGGGCAGAAGCAGUGAGGAAGGAAGUGCCGAAUCUCUUUUCUCUGGGAUAUAAUGCUGUUAAGGGCGUCUUCACAUCACACCUGCUGAGUCUAGGAAAGGCAGAGAUUGCAGUUGGUCGUUUGGGAGCUGAAACUGUCAGGGGUCUUUGGGCUUCCCUCAUGAUGGAGCUCCUGUAUCUUACCAAUGAUGACGAUGAACGAUAUUCAAUUCAGGCCCAGCCUGGUCUCCUCCGUAAUCUAACGGUGCAGGCAGCUGAUCCUCCCCUGGGGUACCCCAUCUUUUCCAGCCCUCCUCUUAGACUAGCAAUCAUAUGGCUCAACGCUAUAUAUGAGCAGCUGCCACAGGCUCAGGAUGGGGAGGAGGGGGAUGGUAGUUCAUGGGGGGAGGAGGAGGAGGAGGAAUCUCCAUCAAAUAUUUUCACAGUCAGUGACAAGUCUGCUUAGAAAAGUGUGUGUGUGUGUGUGUGUGUGUGUGUGUGUGUGUGUGUGUGUGUGUGUGUAUGUGUUGUGAAAGAGAUUAUUUCGACAAAAUGUGUUUGUGAAUGUGCAGUUAUGUCUUUACAGAAGUUCACAUGAACAUGUAUGUUGAUUGUUUAGACUAAUUAUUUAUUUUUCUAUGAUGAUAUAAUGAGUUUUUGCAAAUGCUUACUUCAGAGUAAUUGCCAGGAAUUUUUUGAAUUUAGUGUUUUUUAUCAGUUGUAAUAAUCGGUAUAAUGGAAUUGUGGGACCAUGAACUACUUUACAAUUGGUCUUCCCUAGAUAUCUGAGCUGUCAUGGUAUAUGCUCAAUAAGUACUGUUUUAUAGGAUGUCCAUCACAUAGAUAUCAAAAGACAAAAAAUGAUAAAUAGAUGAAGAGAUAUAUUAUCUAUGCAGACUGAUUGGUAUCUAGAUAUUUUAUUCUUAGCAGGCUCUCUAGUUCAAAUUAAUCCAGUUUUGGAAUCAAAAGAGUGAAACUUUUAAUUACUUCUGUUUCUGAUUUUACCUAUAGAACAAUCUUUUUUUUCUUAAAGUUGUGAUAUCUUGAGUAAGUGUGUGAAGUGAGCAUCUAAAACACAAUAACAAGAAUUUGGGCUGUACGUCUAUCUGAAAAGUCAUGCAUGAAGUGUUAAUGUGUCCACCUGUAGCAGAUAACCUCUAGCCAUAAUGAGGUUAACAAGAUGACGACAACGAGAAUGUUUCUGAAAAAUCACAUUUUAACUGUUGCCAAACUAUGUACAAUAGACUUCCUUUGCACAUUCCCAGAGGAGAGGGAAGGUAAGGGUGUAUAGUCACAGGUAUGAAUUAAGCUGUAUUUAAUAAAUGUGAUUCAUGUUAUUAAAAAAAAUAAUGAUAAAAAUGUUAAUGCAUUGUAAUGGUGACGAGCAAAGGCGAUUUGUCACAGUAUUGUACAGGGUAAUGUUGAAGAAGAAAUUAUCGAUAAACAUGACUAAACGAAUUUCAUGCAAUAACAAUAAACUAGACUUUUCCUCAGAUGCAAUACAAAAUUUU